AUGACAGUGGGGAACAUGGAGAGCGUCGAGCUGUUUGAUGCCGGACAGAAAGGUCGUGGCCUACGAGCCAGCAGAGACCUCAGCACCGGGGAGGUGGUUUUUGCAGAGGCCAGCUUUGCCGCUGUAGUUUAUGACAGCCUGUUCAUGCAGGUAUGCCAUAGCUGCUUCCGUCAGCAGUCCAAGCUCCAUCGUUGUGCCCAAUGCCAGUUUGCCUUCUACUGCAACCGCACCUGCCAAACAGCAUGCUGGGCUGAACACAAGAAGGAGUGUGCAGCCAUCAGGAAAAUUGGAAAGGUGCCCAAUGAAAACGUCCGUCUUGCUGCUCGUGUACUUUGGCGCCUUCACAAGGACUCAGGCAUUGUAUCAGAUAGUCAGUUGAUCUCACUGGAACAGCUGGAAGACCACGUGUCUGACCUGUCGGAGAAAAGCUUUAAGCAGCUCGAGAACGACGUUCAGAGCUUCUUGGAAUACUGGUCUCAUGGGAGCAAACAGCACUCAGUGGAAUACAUCUCACACAUCUUUGGCAUUAUUAAAUGUAAUGGAUUCACAAUGAGUGACCAGAAAGGGCUGCAAGCAGUAGGUGUGGGGCUUUUCCCCAACAUUUGUUUGGUCAACCAUGACUGCUCGCCCAACUGCUCUGUUGUCCUCAACCAUGGCAAGGUCGAGCUCCGAGCUCUAGGAAAAAUCCCUGAGGGUCAGGAGUUGACAGUCAGCUACGUAAACUUCCUAAACCUGUCAGGUGACCGCAAGAAGAAGCUGAUGGAACGUUACCAGUUUGAGUGCACGUGUCAACACUGCAGCCAAAAACUCAAGGAUGAUCUGAUGAUGGCUGUUGCGGAGGGCAAUCCGUCAGCUGAGAUGCUGAACGAGGUAAUUGCCUUCAGUGAAGACUGUCUGGAGAAGAUUGAGAAGUAUCGUGCUGAGAGAGAAUUCCAAGAGGCGAUGAAGCUGUGUCGUGAGUGUUUGGAGAAACAGGAGAACGUCCUGGCUGACACGCAUCUGUGCAAACUGCGUGUUCUCAGCGUAGCCAGUGAUGUGUUCUCGUACCAGCGUUUGUUCUCUGAGGCUGCAGGGUAUGCUCACAGGAUGGUGGUUGGAUACAAGAAAUUGUAUCCGCACAACAAUGCCCAGCUGGGAUUGGCCUUCAAGCGUGCAGGUGUCAUACAUUGGCAGUCGGGGCAGAUUGAACUGGGCCACAGCAUGAUCUGCAAAGCUUGCAGCAUUCUAAUGGUCACCCACGGGCCCAACCAUUCGAUCACCAGAGACUUAGAGUCUUUGCGCGUUCAGACCGAGAUGGAGUUGAAGAAGAAAAAGCAGGAGAUGAUGUCAUCCUGA